CCCAGCGUGCCUCUCUCGCCGGACUCUCUCCGAGGCUGGAGUUUCGCGCUGUGGGGAGUGCAGUGGAGGAGAGUCGAGGACACGCUCGUGCUCAUCAAAACACUUUUAACUGUUUUCCGCGGGAUUAAAGUAUCACCCGAAGCAGCGAGCUCCUCCACAGCAAUGCGCCGAAGCCCUCAGUGAAACCCAUCUCGGUGAAGAGGCUUUACGCUGGCCGGAGCGAAGGACUCGGCGGAUCUGGAGAGACUGACGGUCUGCCGCUGGAGAACAUGACGACCGAUGUGGUGAUCGUGAAGGAGGGAUGGCUCCACAAGCGAGGAGAGUACAUAAAGACGUGGAGGCCGCGCUAUUUCUUGCUGAAGAGUGAUGGUACGUUUAUCGGUUAUAAGGAGCGGCCGCAGGACGUGGAUCAGCUGGAGACGCCAUUAAACAACUUCUCCGUGGCACAGUGUCAGCUGAUGAAGACGGAGCGGCCCAAACCAAACACAUUCAUCAUACGCUGCCUGCAGUGGACCACUGUCAUAGAGCGCACCUUCCACGUGGAGAGCCCUGAGGAGCGAGAGGAAUGGACCAAAGCCAUCCAGACUGUGUCCGACAGUCUUCAGAAACAAGAGGAAGAGCUGAUGGAUGCGUCUCCUGACCACAUGGACAUGGAGAUGUUCCUGACCAAACCUCGGCUCAAAGUGACUAUGCACGACUUCGAAUACCUCAAACUGCUGGGAAAAGGCACUUUUGGGAAGGUGAUUCUGGUGAAGGAGAAGGCAACGGGAAAAUAUUACGCCAUGAAAAUCCUCAAGAAAGAAGUGAUUGUAGCCAAAGAUGAAGUGGCUCACACACUCACAGAGAACCGUGUGCUGCAGAACUCCAAACACCCCUUCCUCACGGCUCUGAAGUACUCUUUCCAAACCCACGACCGCUUGUGUUUCGUCAUGGAGUACGCCAACGGAGGAGAGCUCUUCUUCCACUUGUCUCGCGAUCGGGUUUUCUCAGAGGAUCGCGCUCGUUUCUACGGAGCAGAGAUCGUGUCUGCGCUGGAUUACCUGCAUUCAGAGAGAAACGUGGUCUACAGAGACCUGAAGCUGGAGAACCUGAUGCUGGAUAAAGACGGACACAUAAAGAUCACGGACUUCGGCUUGUGUAAGGAGGGAAUCACAGACGGAGCCACGAUGAAGACCUUCUGUGGGACUCCAGAGUAUCUGGCUCCUGAGGUGCUGGAGGACAAUGAUUACGGUCGUGCGGUGGACUGGUGGGGUUUAGGAGUGGUGAUGUAUGAGAUGAUGUGCGGCCGUCUGCCGUUCUAUAACCAGGAUCACGAGCGUCUUUUUGAGCUCAUCCUGAUGGAGGACAUCCGCUUCCCUCGAACACUCGCACCCGACGCCAAAUCCCUGCUGUCCGGCCUGCUCAAGAAAGACCCCCUACAACGGUUAGGUGGCGGCACAGAUGAUGCAAAAGAAAUCAUGCAGCACAAAUUCUUCACUGGAAUUGUGUGGCAAGAUGUUUAUGAGAAGAGGCUGGUUCCUCCGUUCAAACCGCAGGUGAGCUCAGAAACAGACACCAGAUAUUUCGACGAGGAGUUCACAGGACAGACCAUCACCAUCACGCCGCCGGGACAAGAUGACAGUAUGGAGUCAUUCGACAGCGAGAGGAGGCCACACUUCCCACAGUUUUCCUACUCGGCCAGCGGAACGGCCUAAAGCUUCCCGAUCUCUGAACUUCAGCAAGAAGAUCCCCAACCUCACGGACACCGUACAACUGCUCUGAGAUCAGACGUCCACUUUACCAUGUUUACCACGUCUGGAUCUGUGAUGUUUGUCCGUUUCACGUUGCUUCAGUGGCCUUUGAUUUCUGAGGAUAUGAGAGGGAACACUAACAUUUCCAUCCAAAACGCCAAAUCAAGAACUUCUUUAAUCUGGAGCGAUUGUCGUAUUAAAACUAUUGUCGUGCCAAAUAUUACUGUAUUUAUGUUCACUGACCAAUUGAAACGUGCUAAGCAAACUGCAGCUUUUACUGAAUUUGAAUAUCUAGAAUAAAAUUCAGCUAUAUUUGUAAUUUUACACAUGAUUUCUCGACUGAAGCGUGUUUUGACCCCCAAAGUGGUUUUGUUUGAAUUUGCAAUGGAAUGUGCAAUACAGUCGAAAUGAAGAUAAAUUAUAUUUUGUAAUUAUUAAAAUGACUCAAUUCCACUAAACUAGAAAUUAACCCCCACCUGUAGAUUAAAGGAGAGAAACUGGUCUAGAACAUUUUUCUGAAUCUGUAUUUCAAUCGAAAAAAUUAAAAUAAGCAAUUCUUUUUUACUUUAAGAAAAUAAAGCCUGUUUUUUGGACCGUAAAAGUUUGGUUUGCAAGAAUAAUGAGAAUAAUGAGGGUUAAAAAAAUCCAAUGCAUGCAU